GCAGGCGCACUAUAUAUCUUGAGCCACCGGCCCGGCGCUGCGGAAGGCGCUGCGCUGGGCUCCUCGCACUUCCUCUCCAGGAGUCUGCAGGGAUCGCCAGUUCCAGAAGCUCCAGUUCGCGGAGGCCUUGCCCUGGUCAGACGGCGCAGAGAUGUCGGAGCAAAGUAAGGACCCGAGCAACCCCAACUUUGCGGGCGAGGCCCCCAGGCCCGGGCCGCUGGGCAACCUUGGGGGGGCGGUGAUAGACCCUCUGCUCGCUUCGCCCACCGCGCUCCUCACCCCGCCUCCGAGCCCUCCUGCAGGCCCGAUGCCCUCGCCGCCACCGCCGCCGCCGCCCCAGGCCGAGAUGGAGGAGGUGGACCCGAAGAUUGUGCAGCAGGCCGCCGAGGAGGGCUUGGUCUGCCAGCCCCAGAGCGCGCCCCAGCCCGGCCCCGCGCCGCCCGCCCCGGCCCAGCUGGUGCAGAAGGCGCACGAGCUCAUGUGGUAUGUGCUGGUCAAGGAGCAGAGGAAGAUGGUCAUCUGGUUUCCAGACAUGGUGAAGGAUGUCAUCGGCAGCUACAAGAAGUGGUGCAGAAGCAUCCUCAGGCGCACCAGCCUCAUCCUCGCCAGAGUUUUCGGGUUGCACCUGAGGCUGGUCAGCCUGCACACGAUGGAGUUCGCGCUGGUCAAAGCCCUCGACCCCGAGGAGCUGGACAGGAUGGCGUUGAACAACCGCAUGCCCAUGACGGGCCUCCUGCUCAUGAUCCUGAGCCUCAUCUACGUGAAGGGCCGAGGCGCCAGGGAGAGCGCCGUCUGGAACGUGCUGCGCAUCCUGGGGCUUCGGCCCUGGAAGAAGCACUCCACCUUCGGGGACGUGAGGAAGCUCAUCACGGAGGAGUUCGUCCAGCAGAAUUACCUGAAGUACCGGCGCAUCCCCUACGUGGAGCCUCCCGAGUACGAGUUCUUCUGGGGCUCCAGAGCCAGCCAGGAAAUCACCAAGAUGCAGAUCAUGCUGUUCCUGGCCAGGGUCUUUAAGAAAGACCCCCAGGCCUGGCCCUCCCGAUACAGAGAAGCUCUGGAGGAGGCCAGAGUCCUGCGGGAGGCGCGCCUCGCUGCCUCCUGCCCCUGCAGCAGUGUCUCCGAAGACUAGCGAGGUCUGGAGGCAGAUUCAGAGUUUCUGAGCCUCACCAGGGCUGUGAAAGGGUGGGGCGGAUCAGUAGUGCAUUCAGAAUUUACAGCGCAGUAUAUCAUGUGUAACUUUAAAGUUUUCAGUAUCGUGCUUUUAUACCUUCACUGCAACAUUGUAUUCAUUUGGGCACUGUUAAGUAGUGUUUAGGAUUUAUGCAUGUUUGUUUAUAAUGAGUUCAGUUGGUGCUUUCGCUUUUGUGCUUUCUUGAAAUUUUUGUACCAGAGAUGUGCUAAACUUACGAAGUACAUUGUAAAAUUCCCCACCGUGUUCUUUAUAUGGGACCAAUGAUGUGUACUGGAAUAGAGUUCUUCUGGAGAGUUGGGAAGAACUCACAGGAAAGCGGGCCUGACCAAGAGAAAAGUCGAGGCCCCUCUCAGUGACCUCACUGGGCACAGGAAAUAUCCAUUGGGAGUGAACUAUUUUGGACUGGAAAGGUCUCCAUGUGGGCACUUGGCACGCUUCACUGCACAUGUAUACAACCUCCCUAUGAAUAAGCUGUACACAUUAAAGAUUCUUGUGAUACAAUCA